AGACUUUUUGCAGUUCGAAUAUCAAUUCUGUAAGCAACUACUAGACAACACGUGAAGUUUACCACGUUUCUCACAUACCAAGUUGUUAGUUUUCUACUGUCUGAACAUUGCUUUAACGCACACCUUCAGGUGGCCCAUCAUCUCCAGCAAACAUGACUAAAAUGUUAUCGGCCCAGGAGGCUGCCAAGAUCUAUCACACAAAUUACGUGAGAAACGCAAGGGCCGUCGGUGUGCUGUGGACUAUCUUCACCAUCUGCUUCGCCAUCAUCUGUGUGGUGGUCUUCAUUCAGCCUUACUGGAUUGGAGACAGUGUUGACACCCCUCAGUCAGGAUACUUCGGGCUUUUUCACUACUGCAUUGGGAACCCCAUCACAGGAGAGCUGGUGUGUAAGGGCAGCGCUUUGGACUUUGGAUCUAUACCUUCAGGUGCCUUCAAAACCGCCAUGUUCUUUGUUGGGAUCUCUUUGCGGCUGAUCGUAGGGACUACUGUCUGCUAUAGUUUGUUUUUCUUCUGCAACUCAGGCAGCGUGCACAAGAUUUGCGCAUGGAUGCAGCUGGCAGCUGCAACUUGUAUGGUCAUAGGCUGUAUGAUCUAUCCAGACGGCUGGGACUCAGAGGAGGUGAAGAGGAUGUGUGGUCAGCGGACGGAUAAAUACACGCUGGGUAACUGCACAGUGCGCUGGGCGUACAUCCUGGCCAUCAUCAGCAUCAUGGACUCGCUCACAUUAUCCUUCCUGGCCUUCGUCCUGGGCAACCGGCAAGACAAGCUGCUGCCAGAAGACUUCCAGGUGGAGGAGAAAAAAGAGGAAGCAUGAAGACCCCUGCACAUCUUCAGACUCAAUGGAUCCUGUGGGUUUACACGCCACUUUCUGACUAUCUGAAGAAAAAUUCUUUUAAUGUCUAUAGUGAGUAAUUGCCACCUUUGAGGUUAAUUCAAGCAUUAUUUCUAAUAUAUAAACAGCAAUUUUAUAUUUUGAGACCAAAGCCAAAUUCAGUGUUUAAAAAAAAAAAAAAAAAGAUAUCAGUAAACAGGAAUGAACUAAACUGAUUUCUAUUCAUAUGAAGUCACAUCGAAUAGCCCCACCCACAGUGAAUCUCAUUGGUCCAGAAUCCUGCUCCACCCUUUCAUUCAUACCAAUCAGGGACUGGAAUACUUUAAAUGUUUGCUUUAAAGAUUCAGAUUUGUUACCUGAUUUGUUCAGUGGCUCUUUCUGCUAGUUACAUCAUUAAAGAGGUGGUUACGCCACAAUUCAUGUUUCAUUCAAUUUAAUUCAUACACAAGCUCAAGCAAAUCUGACCCGUGAAUUCAUAUCACUGCAUAAUCUUAUGCAAAAACUUUAAAGCUGCAGGUUUUCAGUGUUGCAGUAAGGUAGAGUAGAUUGUAUAUUUUUUUUUACUAAUUUAAAUUUGUUUUUAAAAAAGACGCCACAGAAUAAGACAUCGUCUCACAACCGUUGUGGUGUCCAAAGGAAUUUAGCAUGCUUAAAG